GUCCCCAGGGGCGUGGGCUGAGUGCCCUGGUGAUGUUAGCCUUGAAGUCGCCCCCUCCCUGUGCCGGGUUUGUGGCCUUGGCUCCCCGCUGCUGACAGCUGGAGCGGGGGGGGGCAGGGGAUGUGGGCACUGGGGGGGCAGGAGCUGCUAGUAUAAGAGGGGCAGUGGGGAACGGCUGGUGCUGAUUUCCUCAGGCACCGACGCCAGCAUGGGACCCACACAGCGCGGGCUGCAGGCUCUGGUUCUGCUACUGCUGGCCGGGGGGGCCCUGGGGGCAGCCCGCGGGCGCCGGUUCUGCCGCCCCGUCAACGCCACCAUCGCGGCCGAGAAGGACGACUGCCCCGUCUGCCUCACCGUGGCCACGGCCAUCUGCAGCGGGUACUGCCAGACCAAGGAGCCGGUAUACAAGAGCGCGCUCUCGCCCGUCCCGCAGCACGUCUGCGGCUACCGGGCCGUGCGCUACGAGACGCUGGCGCUGCCCGGCUGCCCGCCCGGCGUGGACCCGGCCUUCACCUUCCCGGUGGCCCUGAGCUGCCACUGCAGCCUCUGCCCCAUGGACUCCAGCGACUGCACCGUGCACAGCAUCGGGCCCGACUUCUGCAGCGCCCGGGGGGGCUUCGCCUAGGGGCG